AUGGCGGCGGCGACGGCUCCGGUGGAGGUGCCCGUGGCGGCGCCGGUGAGUGCCCUCUGCCCCGCUCCCCCUCUCCCCUCUCGCUGUCUAGAAUCUUCUUCUCGGUCGCUGCUGGCGCUGGAUCUGGCCGCGCCAGGGCGGGCGACCCCCGUGAUUUCGCCGGCGCCCGUGCCCCUUCCGCGAGCUCCGCAGGUGAGGACUGUGAAGGUCACAAAUGUUUCCCUGAGUGCAACUGAGCAAGACAUUAAGGAGUUCUUUUCUUUUUCAGGAGACAUUGAACAUGUGGAUAUGAAAAGUGGUGACGAGUGGUCUCAAGUUGCAUAUGUUACUUUUAAAGAUGCCCAAGGAGCAGAGACUGCGCUCCUUCUUUCGGGCGCAACAAUAGUUGACCUUUCUGUUAUCAUUGCACCUGCUCCAGAGUAUCAACCGCCCCCUACUGCCUCUGCUCCACUGAUGAGUGGAACCAGAGUACCAGCGGGUGGUGACAAUGUGGUCCACAAGGCUGAGGAUGUUGUCAGCACUAUGCUUGCCAGGGGUUUCACCCUGGGCAAAGACGCCGUUGGCAAGGCGAAAUCUUUUGAUGAGAGGCAUGGCUUCACAUCCACUGCCACCGCCAAGGUGGCCUCCAUCGACAAGAAGAUAGGGCUCAGCGAGAAGUUCACCAUGGGCACUACAGUGGUAAACGAGAAGGUCAAGGAGAUGGACCAGAAGUUCCAGGUCUCUGACAAGACCAAGUCGGCGCUGGCUGCGGCCGAGCAGACGGUGAGCAACGCAGGGUCCGCCAUCAUGAAGAACAGGUACGUCUUCACGAGCGCGUCGUGGGUCACCAGCGCGUUUGGCAAGGUUGCCAAGGCUGCCACCGACGUCAGCACGAUGACGAAGGAGAAGAUGUCAGCCGAGGACCAGCAGAAGGGCUCCGGGGGCAGCUCGUACACGCCCAUCCGCUGA